CUCCAGUGGUCCUUGCCCACGACGCCCUGCCAUGGCUGGAGCUCUGGUUCUGCCCAUCUCAGAAGACUCCACCACAAGCCAAGGACCCUUGGGCCCUGAGACGAAGAGGGCGGAAGACCUGGAAGCCCCGCCUGGUGCUAACCCGCGAGGCUGCGCGUAGCUGGGUCGGUGUCCUGGCAACGCCGAUGCGCUUCUGGGGUGAGAGGAGCUGGCGGCGGCUGCGUUCCUCUCCCGUUUGGCUCUUGGUUCCUCGCCACAUCUGAGGCAGUUCGGCUGCCAGUUGGUGCGUUGAUCUCACCGCAUCUUUCCUGUAGUCCUCCCAGCGUUAAGGUUGCUUUUAAUAUUUAAAGUUAACACGUGCACAGAUGAGUCUAUACACCGGAAACGGGCCACAGGGCUGUCAGAGCUCCUGCAUCACCAGAACGACCUGCAGCAGAGAGGUGGAGAAGGUUCCAGAGAAAGUAGACUCCGGUAUGACCACAGUAGAGAGGAGAUACAGUACUAAAGACAAGGAUUUCCUGGAAUCAGAGGGAUGUUUCGUCAAUACAACAUCCUCUGACCAAAGGGGCAGCUCCUCAUGUUCUGCAGGAAUAGGUGGAAACGUCAGCACGCCUCCAGCCCCCUGCAGAGUGUCUGCUCUCCCAGACCCUGCGGCAGAUUUGGAUCUGAAAUCCUCCUCCUCACAUUCCGAUCACUCCUCUGAAACCUCAUUGUCUGAAGUCCAAAAGGAUAAAUAUCUCGAGGAGUUUAGCAUGCUAAAGUUACAGACAAGAGAUGGGCAGCGUCCUGAGUGGACCUUUUAUCCAAGGUUUAGUAACAGCAUCCAUACCUACCAUAUUGGAAAGCAGUGCUUCUUUGAGGGGGUCUUUCUCAGCAACAAGAGGUCUCUAGCGGAGAGGACAGUGGACAAGUGCCUCGGGAGGAAGAAAUAUGAUAUUGACCCCAGGAAUGGAAUCCCAAAGUUAACUCCAGGAGAUAAUCUGUAUAUGUACCCAGAACAGAGUAAAGACUUCCACAAAAUAGGGUCAACUCUCCCACCAGUGAAUUUUUCAAUAGUGCCAUAUGAAAAGAAAUUUGAUACAUUUAUUCCACUUGAGCCUCCUCCACAAAUUCCCAACUUGCCCUUCUGGGUGAAGGAAAAGGCCAACAGGCUGAAGAACGAGAUAAGAGAAGUUCAGGAACUUGACAAUUGGCAGCCAGCGACCCCUUUGCUGCACAAUUUAUUCUCCACUGGUACUUUGGACUUUCCAAGACAGCUCUGAACAGAAGCAGGCCCAUGGAGCAUGCACCAAGCACCCUGGGGGGGCCUCCUUCAGUUGACUGCUCCUGUUGGUGUGCCUGUUCUCAGUCAAAAGUUUGACUUUGACGAGGGUCACUGUACUUGUUUUCUUUUUAAACUUUAUAUUUUGAAAACUUGCAAACUUGUAGAAAAAUUACGAGAAUUGUACAAUGAACAAAUACCUACAUAUCCUUCACCUGAGUUCUCUGCUUGUUAACACCUGUCCAAAUUUGUGUGCGCGCUCUCUCAUAUCAUCGCUGUUGUUGUUUUGCUGAAUUACUCAAGAGUGAAUGGUAGGCAUCAUCACCCUUACUCCUACAUGUCUAUAAACCUCAGUGUGUGUCUCCUAAGGUCAAGGAUGUUCUCCAACAAUCACAAUACAAACAUCAAGUUCAGAGAAUUCAACAUUGAUAUAAUACCCCCACUAUAUAGUCCACAUCCAGUUUUAUUCAGUCAAAUUUAGUUUUCUAAGGAUGCGCUCGAAUCAAUGGUAAAAUGCAGACAUUUGAGCUUUCAUUAACUUUAAUAAAAUUAUUUUCAUUUCAUUAAUGCCUUUUGAGAUUUUUCUCUACUAUUCACUUGAUACAUGUCAGAGAAAUGUGCAGGCUGGCUCUCCACCAGGUAACUGAUGCCAGUGCCUGGGAGCUCCAUUCCCCGUUUCCGUGCUGUCUGCCCCCACCGCCAAGCAGAGUGACAGCUCAGGGAGCACCAGUCAUGAAUCCUAGGGUCUCCCAUCAAUCAGGCAAGAAGCAAACAUUUGGAGGAAAAGGUGGGUACAAAGCCACCCUUGUACAGGCAGGCUGUGACUCUCAGCAGUCACACCGAUGGUUCAGCAUUUUCACAGCCACUCUCCUUCUCCACUAAGGAGACCCCAUUGGUUGGCUAAUGAGCGGUACAGAUCUGGCUGCCCCGAAAUCUUGCAGUGGAAAGAGAACUGGGGCCCAUGCUGAGACUCAGAAUGCCUAAGACAGGAGACAUAAUUUCCUGUCAAAAUGUUGUCUUCAGACACAGCCAAAUCGAAUGAAGCACAUCCAUGCUGUCUUCCUACCUGCCUUUAGAUGAAGCACUAGAGAGCGCGUGGCUACUGCCAGCCAGUGUGCCCAGCGGGUCCUCAGGUUAGCAUCAGCAAGCCUCUGUGCUAUUUCUCUUACCCCGGGACACGAGGCCGCCCUG